GUUGUUAAAGGAAGUGGCCAACAAAAAGUUGUGUGUAUACGCCGUGAUACUAGCCGAUUUAGUAAAAGGCAUCAUGAAAGAGAGAUAGGGCGUGUUUUAUGGUCUUAAAACACAAGUAAUUGAUGCUACGCACCACAAAAAGAAGUGAACUGCUGAUCUUCAUCUUUGAGAUAUACGAGCAACCAUGAACGAAGAUUGUUUUAACCGAGCACCCGGAGCAGAGAGAUCCCGACAUUUUCCCGCGGACCCCGGGCUUGUGGGGUCCACCGGCAAUGGAGACCCCAAAGCCCCGCUUUUCAACCAAAGGGAGCCGUUGAGACAGCCGCGAACAUCCCCGCCUUCUGAAAACAGCACAAGCGCGGCCGACGCCAUGGUUGCUGGAGAUUUUAAAAGACCGAGCAAACUCCAACCAAGUGCAAAUGCCAACAGUACGUCUGCCUCCAGAGGUUUUAAUGAAGUGGAUUCUUUGGUCCAGUCGUCAAAGCUUUCAGCGAGUGCCCCAGAGUUUGUCCCUUCUGGAAUGAACUCGUAUGAAGACCCCUCUUUUUAUGAUGACGGCAACACAAGCUAUUAUGAGGAACAAACCUUGGCUGAGACGGUGACAGACUUCCUGGCCCACCUGAGCUCCUCACCAGGCUCCUUUGAGUCUGACGUUGAGCAGAUAACGGCGAUGCUCAAUUCCUGGGUCACUACUGAGGAGCUGCUGAAUGAGCUGGUGGAGCUGAUUUACACACAGUCUACUGCCAUUCCGAACUUCUCGUACACGGGCGCCCGGCUCUGUAACUACCUGUCUCAUCAUCUCACCGUCAGCCCUCCAAGUGGCAACUUUCGUCAGCUGCUCCUAAAAAGGUGUCGGAAAGAGUAUGAACAGAGGGAUGCAGCUGUACGAGGAGACAAAGAGACUCAGAAGAAGUUCCACUCCUAUGUGCUCUUCCUGGGAGAGCUCUAUCUCAGCCUCGAGAUUAAAAGUGCAAAAGGACCUCCAAAUCGAGCAGUGAUCCUUCUCGCGGCUCUGAAGGACCUGAUGAACAGUCUGUUCUCCAAGCCGGUGGACGCAAAUCUCAUCUGCGCUGUCAAGCUGCUUAAGCUGACGGGCUCGGUCCUGGAUGACACGUGGAAAGAGAGUGGACAACGGCACAUGGAUGAACUGAUCCGAAGAAUAGAAAAUAUUGUACUGGAUGCCACCUGCAGCAGGGAUGUCCGACAGAUGCUCCUGAAACUAGUGGAGUUGAGAUCGAGUGACUGGGGCAGGGUCCGAGCGGCUGCAGCAGCCAGCAACGCCACGCCAGACAACGACCCCAACUACUUCAUGAAUGAACCCACAUUCUACACACAAGACGGGACUCCUUUCACAGCAGCAGACCCAGAUUAUGGUGAGAAAUACCAAGAGAUCCUGGACAGGCAGGAGUAUUUCAAUGACACUGACGGAGAAAAUGGAAGCGAAUCCGAGUUAUUCGACUCUGAAGACGAGAUGGAGCCUGAGAUAGAAGAAGCUUAUGAGACAUUUUGUUUAGAAGCAGAGAUGAAACGAAAACAAUGACGUGACGGUGAAAGUCUGAGAGUCUCAAAAGGCACAUAAUUUAAAUUCUCAACUUGUUUGGAAUGUUGAAACGCAAAGUUAACUAGCAUCCGAUAUGUUCAAACUUUUAUUUUAAGGCUAAAAAGCAUUUGAAUAAAAAGAGCUGUUCAUAGCACUUCUGACACUAUUUAAGUCAGGGUUGAUUGGAAAUGGGGACAAUCAACAGGGUUAAUUGUUCAAAAAUAUUAACGGUAUUAAGAGUUUUUCUUUGGACAUAGCAGUUCCCUCUUUGUUGCUUUUACAUUGUUUUCAGGAAUUUAUUUCCUUUACGCCUAAACAAAAUGCCAAGAGGGAAAUGGUGUGCUGUGGAUUUAUUUUCCUUUGAGUUCUUUCCUGAAAGGCCGAUUGCAUCGACUGUGUGCAUAAUGGUUAAGUUCUUAUGAAUGCCCCAUGCAUAAACAGGCCAAAAAACUCCAUUCAUUGUCUCAGAGGCCUCAUCCUAAUGUGAAAUGCACUGUAAGACGGUAAGGGUUGCUUUACUACAUACAGAAAUGCAUAUACAGCCUUUAUCCUGUGACUGUUGUCAGGUUGAUAGCAUUCAUAUAAGUGACUGCAGUCCAAUUGGGAGAAAUGAAAGGCUGUACUGUUAGGUCUAAUAGAAACAAAUACUUAAUUUAGUCAUAACCUGGGAGGUGAAGUUGGACAGAACUCUUUUAUUUUUUAAACAUUUGAUAGUCCUUAGUAAAAUGUUCAGAAUCCAUGGUCAGUGUGACAGUGUUAACUGCAGGAAAGGAUUAUUUAUAUCCCACUUAUCCCAAGACGGAAAGACUGUUUACCAGCAAUUCAUUGAGCCCAUAAAAAGGAAUGUUGUUUCAUAGUUUGUAAAUAUUAUUUAUGGUAUUGUUUGCCUGCAAUAAAUUCUUUAUAAUGUGA